ACCCUAUUCUUACAAUGUGACCCUCACAAUCACAACAAGUGUUUUUUUUUCUGCCCGUGAUAAGAAAGCGAAUUUCAUUGUUAAUAAAUAAUAUUGCGCGCUCUGCAAAAUAUGCAGUUGUGGAGAAUACGAAAUCUAUUGAAUUUAAAAUCGCAAACAAUUUCAACAUAAUGCAAAAACAAGAGGAGAUCCUGACACGGCUCAAGAAAAUAUUUGAGAUAUUUUUGCACGAUAAUUUUACAACAACUAAUAAUGUUUACUUUGAGAAGCUUAUAACGCACUUACAGGCCGAGGAUAAUGCAUUCGUGAUGCAUGCCCCUUUUGUUAUCGAAUGGGUGGAUAGAUGCAUAACUCUCGUGACCGAGGAUAUUAACAAAGUGCAUCCAAAGGUAAUAUCCUUUAUGCUUAAUCUAGCUAGCUUUCUAGCGUCGAAUGAAUGGAUGUUAAUAAAACUUCGUGAACUGGAUAUUAUGCACAGAGUUGUGGCAUUCCUGCAAUCAAAUGAAAGACAUCACUUUAAUCCGUCCAUUAAACUGGGUGGCACUAGAGUGAUGAAAGCCGUCUCCAAUUACAGCAUGGGUUUGGCAUUUCUACGCAUGCAACGUGCUUGGACUUUGCUCAUCCAAUAUUCAAACAAUGAUCACACUCUGUAUGUGGUACGUGAGGCACGCAAACUGCUCUACGAGAUGUUGUAUAAAUUUUGCGAUAAAUUCCAUGAUCAAGCUGUCACCCUGGAGAUUCUAAGUGAAAUAAUGAAACCGAUUCACGACAAUCUAUAUGAGAGUACAGAUAAUAUGGAACGCAUACAUAUCAGUGUCGAUGAUCACGAUAUAUUGCAUAAAAUCUCAUCAACAUUAGACUUACUUACCUAUAUCCUGCAACAAAGUCUUGUCCUUGAGCAUAGAACAAAGUUAAUUGCGCUGCUCAAGGAGCAUCAUAAUUUAGAUUUUACCCUGUGGAAAUUGUCUGAUAUGACACAUAAUACGUAUUUUAUGGAAAAGAUUCUUACCUCCUUGAGUAGUUAUUAUUUUGCAUCUUUGGUGCAUGAGAAACUCCUAAAUCCAGAUGCAACAGAGCCAGUGGAACAAUUCACUGAAUUCGGUUCAUCAUUGUUCAAUGUCAUGAAAUUCUGUAUUAAUCGCGUGGAUGGUUUGAAUUUUGUGAAAAUGGCUGAGAUCAAUCAUUUGCUCUGGAAGAAAUUAGGAACUAGGGCGCCCAAAGAAGUGAUGAUUGAAAACGAGCGAGUGGCCAUUGAGAAUCAAUUGAUAUGCUUCCAUAUGUUGCCGCUGCUCUUCUCGAUGAAAUAUGCAAGGAUUUUGGGUGAAGAAUCGAAAGCAGAUCUGUUUGAUACCUACAUUAUGAAACUGUUGGAAAUGUCUUGCGAACAGACUUUACGAGUGUGCUACAACAUGCGGGAUGCCUUCUUCACGCCAGAUGGAGCAUUGAAUAGCCAUAUUUCGCCAGAUUUGGCCAACAAGUGUAUACAUAGUAUACUAUCACUGAAGCAUGUCCUCGAUCGAGAGCAGGCGGUAACAGUGUGUCAAAGUUUACUUUAUGUAUUACGCGAAGUUGUUGCAUUAACAUCGACAAAUCGCAUGGAAUCCGAUGAUUGUCACAGCGUGAGCAGUACAAGCAGCUCAUACUUGGAUAUGUAUCCGCGAGGCACUGAACUUGUUAUCUCGGAUCCCAAAGUUUUGCAUUCCGUAAUGGUAGGACUACGCACACUUAUCGAGCACUUUAAGAUUACGUGGAAGGAGUCGGUAGAGACCAUUGGCUUGGUCAAUUGUCUGGCCUUUGUGUUGGAAAAUACUAAUAUGGAUGCCCGGUGUACGGUUCAAGCCCUCAAAUUGGUUCAGUUGGCUGUGGAGCAUUUUCUGUCGCCAAAUAUGGCUUUACUGGUGGAUAAUCUUCAAGGCUCCGCAUUGGUUUGCUUGGGACCCAUUAUAGUGAAGCGAAUGCACGACACUACUUGGGAAGUGCGUGAUACUACCUUGGAACUGACCACAUCAAUAGCUAGUAUAUCGCGGAGCAAAUUUCCUGCUUUUCAACAAUUUCUCAUUGAUGCUAAGAUACCCCCAAUUGUAUAUGAGAUGGCAAAGAAUGAUUCAGAGUCUUAUGUACGGGCUUCAGCUUUUAAGUGCCUUGCCAAAAUGGUGUCUAUCAAUGCAUUGUGGGAGCACGGUCUUAGUCAAAUGGAUAUGGUGGACCAUCUAUUAUAUGUUUUGUAUCGAGAGAACGACGACAUUGUUCGUACCGAAGCCAUUGUUACCCUGACUAUGAUCUAUGAGCAUCGCAAAAUUCCGCCUAAAUACAAAAACACAUUGUUCUCCACUCUUAACUACUGUGUGGUCGGCGACCACCAUUGGGAGGUUAAGAUAAAUGCAUUGCGCUUCUGGAAAAUGGAGUUUCAGCGACAAUUUGAAAAUCAAGGAAUGAUUGAUGGUGUUUUUCCAACUGUUACAUUCUCAAAGGAGCACAAAAAGAUUGUCACUCUCACUGAGAAAGAAGUUCGCCUGCGCAUAGCAAAGAUUUUCACUGAAGUUCAACAAUAUGGUUAUUGGGGCAUUGUCCUUAAAUGUCUCAGAGAAGAAUAUGCCAUGGAGGUCUUAAAUGUUGUAGUAGCAGGUCAAAAAACAUUUAAUCAAAAGAUGAAAAAAUACGAGGGUCUAUUGAAUGAACUUGCUCUAAGAUCCCCACAGCCGCAGCCUUCAAAUGAUGUGGAUACCUCAUUUAGCUUUAACAACGAAACGUCGUCAAGUAGCCAAGAAGAUUCAUCCAUAUAUAACACGCCGACCCCCAUAAAUACUGAUCAAGCGGAUGAGGUUAUUGAAACCAUUCUCAAUUCGCGCGAUGUUCAACUUCUUGAGAAAGCUUUCGAAACUCAAAUGCAUAUAAAUGAUAGCGAGACUCCUGUUGAAAAGCGCCACAUCGAUGAAUUUUACUACAAGCAAUUUGCUAUUCCUACUAGCGAAUGGCUGACGGAAGUCAAGAAAAUUGAUUUGGAGCAACUGCUUAAGACCCAGGCGGAAUGGGCCGAGUGCAAGGAGAAUUUUGUGUCACUGCUAGAUGAUAUUUUAAUAGCAAUCAAGCGUGAUGAUGAGAACCUGAUUUCAGAUUGUUAUUGAAUUUAAUUAUUUGUUAUUCCACAAACAACAAUAGUCCUUGAAAUUUAAAUUCAUUCCGAUGCGAUGUAGUGUUCGAUUUCGGAUUUCAUAUGCAGAAGCUGCCUAGAAUUGUAAGAGCAAAAUGAGUCAAUGAAAAAUAGAAACUAUUUUUGAUAAUUAA